CGCGCCCGUGCCGUUGGCCGCGAGGAUGAAGCUGAAGCUGUGCGGGGCCGGCGGCGGGCGGCUGGGGACGCUGGCGGGGCUGGGCAGGAGCGGGGCCGCCGCCCUGGCGCUGCCGGGCUGCCUGCUCUACACGCGGACCGGCUCAGCCCCGCACCUCACCCGCGACACCCUGCAGGCCGUCCGCGGCGUCCCCGCCGUGGCCCAGCUCACCCUGCCCGCCCUGGCAGAACUUCAUGAGGUCCUGGAAGAAUAUAAAGAAGGAGCUGCAAAAUUUAUAGGUAUGCCCGAUGUGGUGCUGUACUGCUCCCUUCAUGACCCUGUUUCUCCCUGUCCAUCUGGCUACAACACGAACAAGACAGUAUCCCUAUGGGGGAACUCGGGACGCAUGGAAAUGACAGCUUCCAAGUUCAUGGACAUACAGCGAGCCAUCCAGCCAGACUGGUUCCAGUGCAUCUCUGAUGGAGACACGAUUUCUGGGGAAGUUGGUAGAAAAAGGGCCAAGAAGUCUGUGGAUAGGUCGCUUUCCUUCCUGGAUGUAUGUCUUCAGCUGCUGGAGAAAUCACCGGAAUUACAAGGAAGUGUAAUGUUUGGGGCAAUUGAAGGUGGAGAUAUCUUGGAAGAGAGGCUCAGAUCAGCCAGGGAGACUGCCAAGCGACCUGUGGGUGGCUUUCUGCUAGAUGGCUUCCAGGGAUGUGCCAUGGCCAAGGAGACCAAGUUGAAACUGAUAGCUUCUGUCACAGCAGAGCUGCCAGAGGAUAAACCAAGAAUUAUCCAUGGUGUAGGCAAACCAGAUGAGGUGCUCGAGUGCAUUGAAAGAGGAGUGGACAUUUUUGAGAGCUUCUUUCCCUUCCAAGUGACAGAGAGAGGCUGUGCCUUGGUUUUCAGUUAUGACUGCCAUCAAGAUCCUGAAGCAGCAGUUUCAAAACAAAAUGGUGCCCAGGACCUGGAGGAGAAUGGUGCUGAAGAAGACCAGGAUGAAAUUUCCAAAACUGACCCAGAAAUGACAGCAUUUGAGAUAUUCCUGAAGGACAAAAGGUACCAAGAUGAUUUUGGUCCUUUGCUGGAAGGAUGCACCUGUUACUGUUGUCAGAGGCAUACUCGUGCCUACGUCCAUCACCUCCUCGUGACCAACGAGCUGUUGGCUGGUGUCCUGCUCAUGAUGCACAACUUCCAGCACUACUUUGGUUUCUUCAGUGCUGUACGGGAUGCCUUAAGAGACAAUAAACUGGAUCAGCUGAAAAAUCUUGUCUUCAGGCAGGCGCUUCAAGGCCCAGCAAAUGCGAAGCCAGGCCAGUGAGUUCAGAGAAGGUUGCAGGCUACAUCCUCAUCCAGUCGGACUAUGUAAGGUGGACUGCCAACAGUGUCACCCAGCCCGGUCAGUAGUAAAAUGUCUGCCUUCCUGGAGGGAAUUGAAGGGGAUAUUUGAAGAAGAUCUCACUUCCUGGUGGGGAAGGAAGACCUUAUUCAAAUGUCCUUUUCAGGUAAUUGGCUUGGUACAUUCUCAGGGUAUGGAGGAGCCUGAACAGCUCACAAUCUCAGUAGGGAUGGCUUUGUGUUCAGUUACUCACUUGGUUUUCCAUGUGGAAGGACAUAAUUACUGAAUUUGGGAUUGACGACAAUGCAGGGCAUAUAUUUUAAAUUAACCCAGCUGCUGGUAGGAGGCUCAGCAGCUGUUUGGGACUCUCAGUCCAUACCCAACACAUAUUAUAGGUAAUUAUUUUUCUAGAAAAUCCCAGUGGUAUAGUUGUCCCAUUGUGCAGCUCCUUGAUGAGAGAUCCUGCCUCAGUCUAAUACACUGUUUCUUAUGGCCACUGCCAGCAUUUGUGUCCCUGACAAGAACUGACUGGGAGUGCUGCUGUGUUCAGUGGCACAAGGGACUACUCCUGCCUUGGGCUGCCUGCCAUGCAGAAUGUCCUCUGGGCCAGGAGGAGGCCCUCAACCUUUACCUGGCCUUGAAAACAUUUGCCUCAGGAGUCCUACUCUGUGACAUUGCAGCCAGAAAGAAGAGAAAGUGUUUAAUCCAUGUCCUGCUAAAGAGGGUUUUUUUGACUCUGUACUCUUUCAACUGUAUGGACUGAUUUCAGUCCUGCACUAGCAUGUGGUUGAUAAUGAAUGUAUGGUUCUAUGGUUCUUUCCAACUGUCCUAGCACUGGCCAAAUAGCAGGCUACACAAAUGUCAGUGUGAGAUGGAGCUCUGGAAGAGAUGUAUUGCAGGAGUAGGUGUUUAGAAAAUAUUUUUAUGGCUCCUUGUUUUAAAAUAUGACUUAAUUAUGUCACAUUCCUCUUACUCUGUUUUUUUUUUUUUUUAUGCCCCUUACUUUGGAAUACUGGAUUUAUUCAUUUUAUGUUACAAAGUAACAAUAAAAAAUUUUUACUAUUCAUUACAUUGGCUCCUCAACAUGUGACAAAGGUGAUGUACCAGAGAGCUUGAGUGCAGUGCUCAAGAAGAUGUCUCAUUGACCUAGCAGCCUGAUGGAGGAAAGUGACUCAUCUAGAAGUAGCAUCCCGUCAUGGAGCAGGGGUUCAAAUAAUUUGUUUCAAAAGAAGCCAUAAUUGACCUGGAAGUGUUAAAGCUCACGCCCAUCCCUCUCCCCAUAAGAACUCUACUACCUGAAUUAAGCUUAAAAGAAUACUACAGUUGAAGUUGCUUGCCUUAAAGCAAUUAAGGCUUAAUCUGCAGUUUGCUUUUCUUCACCUUUUCUUUAAUCAGAAUAGCUUUACCAUAGACUAUAAGGAGUCUUUACCUUCCCUGUCAGCAUUGCCUGUGUGUCCCCGUUUCCUUGGACAGAUACGCAAUGAUGGAGUCAGAGUCCUUUCUACCAUUCCAGCCUUAUCCAUUGUGUUCCAGAAACUGCAUUUGUGUUCCACAGGAUCCUAAGGAAAUGGUGCAAAGACUGCUUUGCUGUUGUCUUUAAACAGAGAUUAUGUGGAAUAGUUUAGCCACAGAAACUACAUAAAAUACAGGACUAAUGUCCUCGCUCCAAGAAGUAUGUUAUGAUUGUUAAUGUUGAUGCAGCACUGAGCAACGUGGGGUUGGUGUCCUGCAUAAUACAGCGUGAGGUAGAAGAUCUGAAAUUUUUAGGAUCCGCCUAUCUUAAAAGGAGAGGGAAUACUAAUGAAACAAAACUGUUUUGUGCUUCUUUCAAGAGGCAUGCAGGAUAUGAUGGUAGUGUUGGGACCUUGCAAUGCUUGUUUUUUGCAGUGUCUUUUUCUACAAUGUUGUGUCAGUGCAAAACCUUAUGGGUGGGGACAGUGACAAUUUUGAAACUUCUCAUUUACUUAACACUUUUCACACCCACAUAGACUCACCAAAAUACUUGAGUCAGGCCAGCAUUCAGUCACCAACCUGUUUGUGUCUGGAGUUCUGUCAGGGGUGCUCUGUGAAGACGUGGAGGAUAAGGAAUGCUAGCCAUUGUGUCCUCCUCAAGUUGCCAGCAUGCUUAUUAGUUUAGUAGCCCUAUUGCUAGUUUUGGAAGUGCCAUUUUGUGCCCUUUGGGAUCUAGCUGUGAACAGUCUCCUCUUCCUGCCCCGCCUCUGUUAUCCUAAUAAAUUAUUAGGAUUUAUUCUUUGCCUCCCAACCUGGGUGUUCUGAAAAGUUGCACGUAGCUGUACUGGGAUCCUAGUGACCUGCUAAGUGAAAUGCCAGUAAUGUGCCAUUCCCAGUAUCCCUCCUGCUCUUCCUUCUGGCCUUCUAGUCCUUUCCAUACUGCUGUGGCCCCUGUUCAUUCUACAGUCACACCGACCAGGUUUUCCUGUUACCUUUCUCUGCUUAGUCUGUGUGUGUGCAUGGGUACACCAGAGCUGCACAAAGUGAACAAUUUCCUAUUGGGCAAAAUGUGAUCAGGUACAUAUGCUCAUUAUCUAAUAAACACAGUCAUGAACUGCAUUAACCCUGAAAAAACACAAGUUUCCAAUCUUUCUGUCAGUCCUUCUAGUUCACAUUUUAAAUUUUAAGCAACGUUUUUCAUGCUAACUUAGAAAGUAUUUUAUUUUAUUUCCAAGCGGAGAUCUAAUUUCUUUCAAAAACAGAAUUCUUGCCCUAAUAUGGAGAAGAAAAGUACAUGAAGCAAACUAAAGUAUUCAUGGAGAAGUGAAAACUGAAACGACUAAGGAGUGGAAAAUUUUGUGCUAAAUUAACUUCACUUAGCACAGAAGACUGCAAAAACAUCCUUGACUGCCAUCCGUCCCCAAAUGGCAGAAUGCUAAAGAGCAGAGCAGAAUACAAAAGAGGUGGUGUGUUACGAAAGCAUUAGACCCUUGAACAUCUUUCCCUCAGCAACUUUUAGUGUAACCUGCCCCUCGCUAAAGAAAAAUCUUCCAUGCUCUUCUGUUUCUGAUGAGAAUAACUGGCAGGGCCGUGUGUUAAAUGUUAAGUCUUGUACCUUUCUGACCUCUUCAUCGGUAUUCUGCUCAGCAACCUACUCCUCUCAGAGCUAUUUUAAUAUUGGAAACUCUUUAGCAGUUUCAAAGG